UUUUUGCCACAGCAGCCGAAGGCCGAAAAUAUCAGACACCAUGGCUCUGUCGCUGCGCGUCUGCUCGCGUUUUUACCGAACCAACGCGCCUCUCGCACAGGCAACAGGCUCUAGAGGUUAUUAAUCACAAAACUCGGUCUUUCAAGUUGAGUGUUUUGACCAUGAGUGUCGGCGAUUGCGCCGCGUAACGCGCUCGACACGCACAAAGGCGGAUAUUAUGGAAUAAACGCGCGUCGCACGGCCGCUAGACUCACCAUAAUAAUAACAAUUACACUGCUAUGGCACUCUCGGUGAUCCAGACGUGUCGUAGUCUGGCCCUGUCCACCUGGCUGCUGUCCUUCUGCUUCGUCCAUCUGCUGUGUUUGGACUUCACGGUGGCGGAGAAGGAGGAAUGGUACACGGCGUUCGUCAACAUCACGUACGUGGAUCCGGACACGGCCGAGGUCCGCACCGAGAAGACGGAGUGCGGGCGUUACGGGGAGCACUCGCUCAAGCGCGAGGCCAGAGGCGUGCUGGCGAUGCCCGUCGCGCCGCAGGACAGACACGCGUGCGACCCCAGCUGCAGGUUCACGCCGCGCGGACACGGCGCGUGGAUCGCGCUCAUCAGCCGGGGAAACUGCACGUACAGAGACAAGAUCCGAAACGCCUUGGGAAAAAACGCGUCCGCUGUGGUCAUAUUCAACGUGGGAUCCUCCAACCCCAAUGAGACCAUCACCAUGUCUGAUUCAGGCACCGGUGACGUGGUGGCCAUCAUGAUUCCCGAGCCGAAGGGUCGUGAUCUGGUUCUUCUGAUGGAGAGGAACAUCUCCGUUCACAUGCACAUCACCAUCGGAACACGCAACCUGCAGAAAUACGUCAGCCGCACCUCUGUGGUCUUCGUCUCCAUCUCCUUCAUCAUCCUCAUGAUCAUCUCGCUGGCCUGGCUCGUCUUUUACUACAUCCAGCGCUUCAGAUACGCCAACGCCAGGGACCGCAACCAGAGGAGGCUGGGCGACGCUGCCAAAAAAGCCAUCAGCCAGUUACAAGUGCGGACCAUCAGGAAAGGCGAUCAGGAGACGGAGAGUGAUUUUGAUAACUGUGCCGUGUGUAUCGAGGGUUAUAAACCAAAUGAUGUAGUGAGAAUCUUACCUUGCAGGCAUCUGUUUCAUAAGGGCUGUGUCGACCCGUGGCUGGUGGACCAUCGCACGUGUCCCAUGUGUAAGAUGAACAUCCUCAAAGCUCUCGGCCUCACGUCGAGUGCCGAGUGUCUGAAUGAACUUCCUCUGGACUACGAGCUCGCCGUGGGGGGCGUGGCUCUCAACGCCAUGGUGAUGAGCGAUGAUGUCAUGGGCGGUGAUGUCGUCGGGGGGCGUGGCCCCGGUGUGAGGAUGGUGGGUCUCCCUCAGGUCCUCCUGGACUCUGAGCCGCUGUCCCAGGACACCUUGUCAACCGAACAGAGUGAGUGUCACUGAUCUCCUAAAAAAGAG